GCCAACCAAUCAGAGGAGAUUGUGAUGGAAGUACAGCUGUUGGGGGAAAGCGAAGGGAAAUGUAUUUAUAACGCUACUUAUUAUUAAAAGAAGAUAUUUUGCAAGAACAAGUUUGUUUGGAAACGAACACAAGUAGUAUAAACUGGUGAGGAUGAAGGCUGAUGCCUCGCGCCACGCGGAAAAAGAGGCUGCUGAAUCCACACAGAUCUCAGCUGCUGUUUGUAGAGCAACCCAGAAGUGGAUCCAGACACGAGUAUGGACCACAGUUACGAAGCGCGAUUAAUCCGAGGUCCUUUGUGUCCGAGCAAUCACGGCAAGGCGUCCAAGUUCAUCCAUGGGUGUCUCCUCAGUUUACCUCGCUGGAAGAUACAGCAGUCAGAUGUGGUGGACAAAGAAGGAAGAAGAAUAAUCAUCAACUCCCCACAAGCACUUUAAACAGAACAUCGCUUUCAACUCAAUUUAGGUCAACUGCUUGCAAAUACCCUACUUUGUUAUUUGCUAGCAGUAAUUCGGUUCCCCUGAGAAGUCGGAGAGGUCUCGGUCAAAACGGCACUGUGUCCCGUGUUGGGGAUUCUCCAGAAACAAGGCAUCCUCAGUGUCAGAUUGACGGAAGUGUUGCUUCAGUCAGUCAUGAUGAUACACCAAGGACGACUUCUCUAAACACAUUGGCAUGUAACGUGAGUACAGGAGCUCAAGUCACCCCUAAACCCAUUAAUUUUGCAGCUGGAAAACUGACGAGCUCUUUGACACCACGUACAUCUACGGCUGAAACCAGCAGCAUUCCCACUCCCCCUCACAUCCAGACUCCUGAAAUGCCACCCUGUGAUCACGUGGUUUCAUCCUCCAUUCACAGCCUCCUCUUUUCCCCAAAUCAACCAAGAACUCCUCCGAGAACUGAAAAACUCCUAGUGAGAGACACACCAGAGAGUGACUAUGGGUUGAGGGUGACCUGGAGAAGGAGGAAGAAACUCAAGAGAUUACUGACAGAGCGAGGUCAGCUCCGUGAAACUGAGGUCAUGAUCAGCAAUCACUGGUCUGAGGUUGUGUGAAUGGGGAAAAUAAAAACUUGUGUGUGUGUGUAUAUAGCUUAUUUUUUAAUUCUUUUUGUAUAUUUUGACAUACUAUAUGACCACACUGUAUAGAAAAAAAUAAGGUCUUACUGAAGUUACUGUCGCUUCAUGGAUGAAAUAUGAUUUUUUUUGUAUCAAUGUUAUACCUUUAUAUCAUCAAAUACUUCAAUACAGCUUAAACGGAUUUAGUACAAAUUGAAAUAUCGACACGUUGCUUGUACUCCAGCUUCAGACGCACACUGCUUACACAGCUGAUGUAAGUGAUGGGUAGCUUACACUACCCAAACGUCCUGAAUCUCAGGGAUCUUCAUGUACUGCUGGUGAUUUUCAUGACUAUUAAUUACACACUGCAUUUACUUCAUGGACGAUUGUUUCAGUCAUGAAACAUUGAAAGCAGUUUAAAUAAAUAGUGCAACAGGGGUGAAUGUUCUGGAAAGGGGAACAUGCCUACUAGGGAAAUAUGUGAGUUUUGUGUGAUUUUUAUUUAUUUAUUCAUUCAUUCAAUGCACACGUUAUCUUGUCUUGUGGCACCAGUUCAUUGCUAUUUGUACUGUAUAUUUCUUCUACUAGCAUUGCUAGUAAUAUUAGUAGUUUGUGUGGGUGGUGGUUUAGUAGUAUUAGUAAUAUUCUUUUCAAAAGUUAUAUAAUUUCAGGUAUAUAAAAGUCUUAUAAUCAUGUCGAAGUACUUUAACGUGUGUGGAAGUUUCCC